AUGAAAAUGGACAGCAGCAGAAAGCAGGCGCUGCGCACGAAUUGAAACGGAAAUCCUUAUUGAACUUGAGUGAGCCGAGGCUCCGUCUCCAAGGAAGGUCGAGUGGGUGGUGGGUGGUAGGGGGCGUGGUCCUGCUUCGUUCCUGCAGCGUUGGCAAAGCGGAAAAGCGUGCUGCCGAAAAUGUGCGCUGCUGAGUGGCUCCACUCGGCACACUGCGAAAAUCAGUGGCUCAUUUUCCGCCCUGAGCCCGGAUGAUCUUCCACAGCCCGCACACAUUUUCUCGCAGUGUGUGCGCGCUGCUAAGCAAGGCUGUCCAGCGCCGGAAGUGAAUUGGCAGUGCGACAGAAGCGCUCUCUGUGCCCAAAAACACACACACACACACACACCCACAAACACACAGAGGAAGCGAGCAGGAAAUGGAGGGAAAUGCCUUUUUCGAUCUGGGAUCAGCAGUCGCAGCUGCGGCAUGUAGUGCAAAUGCUAGCUCAGCUUCAGCUGAGGCCCAAAUGUAUUUGCAGCUAACAGGGAUUCGCAAUUGGAUUGUGAUAAGCCAUUUCGACUGCGGGAGGAUGUGACAUCAGUGCUGUGUUGCCAAACUUGAUACGUAACAUUUUUUAGAGCUAACCCCAUGUCAUCAAUCAAAAUAAGUGACAAUCAGCGCGAAUAAACAAACAGGCUUUCACUUCUUCAAUAACUUUAAGUUUUGGUUCGAUAGUGCUAGAAUGGACGAUUUGCGUUGCCUUUACUGGCUGUCGAUUGAAGCUCGUGUCCUGGCGAAGGACUCAACAGAUUGCCUGGCCAUUUCAGGGAAUCCUUCACUUAUCCCAAUCUACAGCCAUUGGAGCAUGAGGGAGAUUAACACGACUGGAUGCUGGCCAAAACCACAACAACUUUAAUUAAGCUCAAAACGCAGCAGAGAGUUCCUCGGUCCCCUCACCACCUGAAAAGUCACCACAAAAACACUCGUCCUUCUGCGGCAGAAGGCUUUGCUACGCCCACUAUUUGAACUGGGGAUGGUCCAGUUCCGUCUUAACUGUCAAUUUGCCUAAAAAUGCUACAGCAGAUGCAAAUUUGUGCCAGUGAGGUGGAUCCUGCUUAGCCAGGUGCAGUCCCUGUGCCGUUUGUAGCUCGUAUUUGCCGGAGCACAGAGCUCCCCGCACAAAGCCCUUUUCCUCCAGUGGCUCUAAAACUGGUGGAACGCCUGUGGGAGCCCGUAGAUUUCAGCAUAACGAAUUGGAUUGUCACGGCAAUCGAUAAAUGUUUGCACACAGGCCGCUCCAAAUGUAGGCUAAGUGGCCGGAGCUGGAGGUGGUGCUGGAGGUGGAGCUGCGAGGCCUCAAGGAUAACCACCCCCUCACUUGGACACCACUGGGUUUUAGGCUUUGAUGGCCCAAAUUAUCUCGCAACGUCCAUUUAAUGACGCUGCUUUGGCCCAAAUCAUUUUUAAUAGGGGCUGCGUAAUGCUUGGCUAUCAUGAGCUGAUGAGUUUAAAGUGAUGUAAAUCUUGUUCAAGGAUAUAAAAAGGAUGGCGACCUCUUUUCUACGUAAGAUACAUGCUGAUUAGGUAAUGCUAACUAGAAGUUAAAAAUUAAAGCACAUUUGGAAGUACACACUUUACAGUCUUAACAAAAUCUAAAAUACAUAAAAGAUAGGUAAGGAUAUCCAAUAAAUGUUGUGCAAUUAAUACUGUAGACCUUGUCUGAUAAGACUGCAGGCCAGAUCAUUGACAGAGAAGUAAUUUAAUUUAAGGCUGCACAGGCUCUUCAUUUUGUUAGUACUCUAUUAGCCAGUAUUGAAAGCUCUAAAUAAAUUUCUAUUCAUUUCAUAGAAAAGCCGAAAUGUACGAGUUAAACACAAGACCAAGAGAAUCUCUUGGCCCAACGGCCUGUGGUCAAUAUAGAAUGUCAGUUUCGCAGAGCGAUUUCCAUGGGUUCUGCAGGAGAAAGAUUGCGCACAGUUUUUCUUCAGUUAUUUACCCACUUUCCCGCCUGCCUUUUGGCCCGGCCUAAUAGAAUUUAAAUCUGCUAAAUCCUCGUACAUGACAGUUUUCUGUGCUGGGUUUCUGGGUCCUCUGUUGUGGCUCCUGUUGCUGUUUGCCAAUGCCCCUCUACUUCUCAAGCUCGAGUCCUGUGGCCUCUUAUUUAUUUUUACUUACGACUGCUUCUCGAACUGCUCCGUCUGAAAGGCGGGAUUCCAACUGGGAAGCUUUGGAACUGUGUGCGGUCUUGAGGUGAUUUUGAUUGAGUGCGAUUUGUACUUUGUGUAGGCUACGUGUUUUGAUUUCUUAAAUAAUAUUUACCUCGUGUGCUACACAGGCUACACAGGACUUAUUGUUGUCUUUGGCCUUUGAUUGCACAGGAUGAAAUGGUCUCAACUUUUACUUUUACCGCCUCUGGUAACGGAUAUUCGUUCAGAUAGUAUUUGCUCUUUUAACAUUGGCCUUGUUUGCCCAGUCCGAAAACAGGAAAUGGAUUUAUUAUGGCGAAUCAAAUGGCAUCCGCAUUGGAGUAACUUCCAAUUUUAUUUAUUCUACAACAUUUUACCUAUGAUUCAACAUUACUCCCCUAUUUAUAUUCUUAGAAACGAGACUCGUAGCUUUCUAUACGCUCCCCAAGUUCAAUGUAUCUAAUGCUGGGGCUAAUGUCCUCUAAUUCAGUUCGCAAAGAUCCGAUCGGCAAUCUGCCGGCCUUUGUACACAGAUCAUAAAUAUCUACAUCGACGACGACUAUAAACUAAACACAUUAGCGCCCGGGGGGACCGAAAGUACACACAUCUGAAAUAAACUGUCGAAGACUACUUAGUGCUAAAUCGAUCAUGAAAGCGGCCGAGGGCGAAAGAAAACCCGUGAGUCCAUUCAAAUGACUCACUUUACGAGUGUAAUAAACGUGAGGCAGCAGUGCGUUGGGCCAAAUUUGAUUUACGAGCUGAUAUGAAUAAAUUGCGAGUGUGCCCAGUCACCUAGUUAGGCGGUGAAAUUAGCAGUGAACCUUCAGCAGAUGUAAUUCUUUUGUAUAAAUAGCAAUAGAUAUCCAGUGGAAGAGCACAGUCACUUCUAGAAGCUAUUGAUUGACAUACCAUGAGAACCCUUAGCGUCUUGAUUCUUCUCGCAGCUCUUGUGACCUUUUGUGCGGCCCAGCACUCCUCCAGUGGCAAGAACAGAAAGGAGAAUGCCUUCUCCAAGAUCGUUCCGCGCCUGCUGUGGAACAUUAAGCGCGGCGACCAGGAGAGCCACCGCAACUCCCAGCAGCCCAUCAUCAUAGUGCAGCAGCCCAGCUCGAAUCAGGAAUCGGAUAGACACCACCAUCACAACCCCAACUAUCCCUACUACCCGUACUACCCGCCACCACCACCACCGCAAAGCCGUCCUCCGCCACCAUUUCCCGGCAUGGACUGGAACACUGUGGGUGGAGGACCCACCUACCUGAUCAUCAACCCCAACAACAUGCAGGGCAUCUACCUGCCAUCUUCCUCCAACAGCUCCAACUCCACCAGCUCGCGGCGCAGCGCCUUCGUGCCCACCAUUUCCGAUCUGCUGCAGGGCCUCAACCUGGACGACCUGGCCGAUGGAAGCCUGUUCGAGGACGAUUCUGAGGUGGUCAACGCUGCAGAGGAGGGGAAUGCGGAGGUGCCACUGCCCGAUGGACCGAUCACCCAGGUUGACGACGAUCGCGACGAGGACGUGAUCAGCGAGGACGAGAUCGAUGCGCUGGAUCGCCAGAGCAACAGGGGAUUGAGUCCCAAGCACCUGGUCUCCAUCCUGAUGCAGGACAAGCGACGUCGCCGCAUCCAGGAGGUACUGGCUGGCAUCUAUCUGAGGAACUACAAUCUGAACAGAAAGUAAUCGAACGGACACGAGAGCAGAUACAAAUUGAAAUUGUGCGAGGCUGAAUAAAUAGCGGGCACCUUGCCCAAAAACACCCCAUAAAGUUGGCUCCACUCGGCAGCUCAGUAUUUUGUCUUCAUUAUGGGGAGCACUUUAUCAUAGGUCCCCGGAGAAAUCUAAGCCAAGUUGCUGGCCCCCAGAGGAGCCACUCCGGACCUGGCUAGCUGUUUGCCUUAGUUGCUGCCAUUCUGCAUUGUUACGACUUUCCCAGUUGCCGUAGCACUAAAAUAAUCUGCAACUGCAGUUGAAAUAUUUAUUUGCAAUUCCCCAACCAGGAGGAGUAAGCCAGGAUCUGCCAAAAACCAGGAGGAGCUGCCUGCCUCCAACGACAGGUGGCACCGGUGAUGGGCGGAGAUUGGGGUCUGAAGUCUGGGCUCUGGAUUCUGGGGCAGAAGUUGGGCGUGAUGAGCAGCUGCAGUUAUUGUUUCACCCGGAAAACUUUCUCAAUGGCCAAACUCGGAGGUAGACAACUUGAAAUUAUUCGCUGCAAAGUUGGGUUUCAA